GAGCAGGACCAGGAAGCGCAGUCGUUACGCAUAUCUAUACCCAUAGUGUUGACCCUGUUUGGUAAUCAUUGUCUCGAUUUUCUUCGGAAAAACUGUAACCAGUAUUACUAAGUGAAUUUACAAUUAAUUGUUUUUUGUAUACAAAAUGUCUCAAAUAUCAUUAACGGAACAACCAAAUCUACAGGAAUUUGAUCUUACAAAAUUAAAUCUACAACAACUCUCAAUAUUAAAACAACAAUUGGAUCAAGACAUUUCUAUGUUUCAAGAAUCAUUGCAAACGCUAAAAAUUGCCCAAACUAAAUUCCAAGAAUCCGGAUCAUGUAUGGAUAAAAUUACACCAGAGACUAAAGGUAAAGAAAUUCUUGUGCCUCUCACUGGAUCAAUGUACGUAGCUGGCCAAAUGGGAGAGACGAAGACUGUUUUAGUUGACAUUGGAACUGGAUACUUCGUCGAGAAAAACAUUGAUGAAGCAAAAACUUAUUUUCAAAAUAGAGUUACUUACGUCUCACAACAAAUGCAAAAUAUUCAACAAAUGGGAAUUGAAAAGAGCAAAGUGAGAGAAACAAUUGUUGAAUUAUUGGAGAUGAAAUUACAAGCAAUGAAUUCGAAGGAAGUUGCGGAACGAACAUGAGAAAAAUAAUACAGUCAAUAUUGUAAUACCGACAACGCAACAAAAUUUCUGGUAUUGAAAAGAAGAAAAAUAGUUUGGUUGUGCCUAACGAAAUAUGGAAAUUCGAUGGAAACUGGAAGUUUGAGUGUGUAACUCCUUUAAGAUAUUUUCCGUUACUAAAAUACGAUUCCAUCAUCAAUAUUUAUUGUCCUGUGAUAUAUCAUUUCCAUCUUGUUUUCCAAAUAAAAUCAUUUGCGUCGAUUAAAUACUUGAAAGUCAUAUUAUAAGAAGUCAUUCAAAAUUUGAUGUAAUUACAGUUGGCCACAUUAAAAAAUUAUAUUGUUUAUUUUCAUAUAGAAUAAAAGUUUGCGUUUAAACGAAUUCUUGUUAUGAAUUUACAUAUAGAAAAUUUUUGUAAAUUUUUACAGAAAGUACGAUUUAUAGAUUUUGCAGUUAAGAGAUUGCUUUGAGUUAAACUUUUGUAAAAUCCUCUACAGAAUUAUAAAUUACAAUUUAAAAUAAGUAUUUGAAGAUCUUUCUGUAAAUUUAACGAAUGUUUCCUUUGUGUAGUAAAUUUAAUUAAAAUAAUAAUUUCAAACAUAUUUACAUGCAA